AUGGACAAGUAUUAUGUUUCUACUAGAAUAGCUGGUUUGGAGAACAGUAAUUCUUCCAAAGUUGAUGAUAAGGUUAAGAAACAGAUUAUGGAUGCACUACUGGUGAGAGACCAAGGAGAAAAUAUAAUCGGAUUAUGCGGGCCAGAUAAAAGAGUUGAGGAUUCUGUAAAAACAGUUAUAAGAAGAGCUGAGAGAGAUCAAUUGUUCCAAAAGAUUGUUACAGCAAUUGUGACUAAGAAACCAGACAUUAGAAAUAUUCAAAUGCAAAUUGGUGAUGACAUAGAUCUCAAUUUUGACGAUAAGAUGAAUCUAACUGAAUCAACUUUCUGCAUGUGUUUUGGUAAUAAUAAAAGAAUGGCAACUGCUGAAAGGGCUAGUCUUCUGUGUGCUAAGAUGAAGGAGCUGCAAACAGUCCUAGUUGUAAUGUAUGAUCUUCAUGGCAGACUCGAUUUAGGUGAGAUCGGUAUUCCCUUUGGUGAAGAUCAUAAUGGUUGCAAGAUAUUGCUGUCAUCUAGAAAUUUGGAGGUUUUAUCCGAAGAAAUGAAGGUUCAUAAAUUGAUACAAUUAUCAGAGACAUGA